CCUUCAAAUCAUCCGUGUCUUUAUUGAGUGUACCAGUCAUCCUGUAGGAUCAAAGGUCCUGUAGCCCUAGAUUCUGCCGACCAGCUCUCCGCCAUAGCCGCCGUCGCUGCCGCGCGCACCAUUUUCCGCUCUCCGCCCGCCGUCCCGCAACCAGACCUCGCAGCACCCACAAUCGACCACGCCAUUUCCGAUCCCGUUUCCCGUUUCCGCGGCUAAGGCUUGACUUGUUUCAACAGUGUCUCGCGCACGCGUUUCUUUCUUCGACGAGCUUGCCUCCGCUUAUCCUCGCGCCAGUUUCGCCGUCUUGUAACCACUUGUUCCUGUAACCACCUGUUCCUGUAACCGUCAUGGCGGGCGGCCUGGACGUGCAUAAGAACAAGUACAUCGAGGAUUGGGGCGCGAGGCGCGAGAACCUCGAGAAGAUUUUUCGCUUCAACCGUCGCACGCUCUCCAUCGCGCUGAUCGCUGGCGUCGUCCUUCCCGUCGCCGUUUACCGAGGAACCGUCGCAGAAUUCAGGAAGCAGGAGGAGCUGGAAGGCCGACCUAAGCGCAGCUUCAUGUAGAUUGCAUAUGGAGGGCGAGCCAUAAGAUCGAAAACAACCAUACUAUGUAUCAUGUAGAAUUCUAACCUUGGGCAAUUGGCUUGUCUUAGUUACAUCUCCAGUUUUAUGCUUAGAUAAUGAGCUUACCGGUUUAUUGGUCAUCCUCGCUACAGCCAGGCUGACCCCUGUCGCCACCUCCUCAGCCUGCCGCCCAAACCAGUUCCCUCAUCCCCGCCAACUUAGCUUGUCAGCACUCCCUACUCCACUAUCGCGAUCCGCCCUUACGCCGCGUACGCUGCGCCCACCCGACCAUCACCCGCACCGCUCUCCAAGUGUCCUCGAUAUAGCCGCCUUGGUCCAUCUUCGAUCCAAACCGGCCCAUCGAGUUUCGCGUCGGAGAGAUAUCCGAGGAUCUUACCAAGACUGAACCGCACACACGCCACGCCACGCCGCGCCACGCCACGCCACGCCACGCCACGCCACGCCACGCCACGCCACGACACGCCACCCCACGCCACGCCACGCGUAAGCCUCGUCCAGCAGCGGAUGGCGGCGCGCCUAGUCGCUCGCGUCACGUCGCGGGGAGCAGGAGCGGAUCGACUCGGAGUCUUGGAAUGGCCGCCUUCGCCAACAGCUUUCGCCAACUGCCUUCGCUUACCGCUGCUCGCUGCAACGCACGGCUCCUCUGCCCCUCUCCCCGUUAGCCCAAACAGGCACCUGUCCGGGUCAACCGCCUCUUCAGAGUCAGCUUCCUCCGCGUCUCAAGCCACGGCUGCCAGCCAAGCACAGGACCUAGCCCAGCGUCAGCGGGACUACCUAGCUCAGGUCUCUGCUCUGCGCAAAUCGUACUCUAAAGAGCAGCAGGAGCUGAGGCGAGCAGCGCUGAAGGUGCAGCAGGCACGCAGGGAGGCAGCAGCGAGUGAGAAGGAGUCACAUGCAGAGGAGAAGCGGGCGGCAAGGGAGGCGAGAGCAGCCCGGGCGAGGGAGGAUCAGGAGAGACUGCGAGCCGCUAAGCAAGAGCUCAAGGUGAUGAACGCAGCACGGCUGAAAGAAAGGGAGGAGAAGAUAGCUGCUCAUAAAGAAGCAGACCAAAACGCUCUGCGAAUGGAAAGUUCGAGAUGGAUUAGGGAAGACGAGCUGGAGUGGAGGAUCAUGGAGGCCAUGUCGAAGCCUUACAUCCUGUGAUUUUCAUGAUGGGGUGGGCUAUGAGGUAGUUCAUAUCUUUUAAGGAGAAACACUUCUGAGAGUUCCAUUCUAGUGUUUGUGAGAUUCACAAAUGAGGAUUCUUUGAAUGCUGGCGUUUCGGGUUUACGCCUGGUGGAGCGCUUUUUACCGGGAACUAUUUUCAUGCACUUGGCUGUGAUGUUUCUGCGAGCUUUGGAUCUCAGGCGA